UUGUGGCGCUGUAGCGUAAAUGUGAGAUAACAAUGUGGCAUAUCUUAGAAUCGGACAAAGAAAGAGAGCUUCAGUGUGACACCAGCCCAUGAGACACAUUGAGCAGUGCCGCAGUGGUCGUGACGUGUGCUAUCUCGGCGUGUUUUGUUGAUAACUGGCUGAGUUGAGCUUGAAGCAAACAUCCCCGCAGCUUGAGGAACAGCCAGUGUCUCGUGGCUCCCUCCUCCACGCUUCGAUCCUCUGCUCCCGUCAGGCGGCGGCGCCAUCUUGGCAUCUCAGGCGUAAAGGAGACGGCGGCAUCCAACACACCUGGCACCGCGUUACUCAGCAGAGUGAAGGCACCGCAGCACUGACAGGGGCGACAGGAAAGGCACUGACAGAGGAGAGGCACCGCAGCACUGUUAGGAGGCAAGAGGGAAGAGCAGAGCAGCGUCCCAGCAUGGAGGCUAGUGAGGGCCUGGGACUCUCUGGGCCAGACUCCCCACGGCUGUACCAGAUGAUCAAGGACGAGAUACUGGACGGAGAGCCGGUGGAUGGCAGCCACCAGGACACACCCAACACUCAGGAUGACCACAGGCUGAACCACCAGCAGCAGGAGGCUAUGAAGAUGGAGGAAGACGAGGAGGAAGGGAGGGGUGGAGGUGGCGGCGGUGGAGGAGGGGGCGGGAGAGGAGAAAUGGAGAUAAAGGAAGAGGCCAUAGAACCUACAACAGCAGCAGCAGCAGCAGCAGCAGCAGCAACAUCACAGCUGGAGUACAUGAUGCUGGAACAACAAAAACAAGAGGACAGCGACGACCAGCUUGGGUACCAGCAGCUGCCACCACCGCCACCACCACCACCACAGGAAGACACCACCCACCCUCCACCCCCAGAGCACCACCAGGACUCUGAGCAGCAGCAAGAGGAAGAUGCAACAACAGCGGCAGUGAAGGCAGCAGUGACGGCCAUAACCUCUGCAGCCAUGACUGAAGAGAAAAUGGUAUCCGGGUCACUGAAGAGGCCGGCCAGCGAUGGAGGGCUGUCCGAGGAGGAGCCGGCCACCAAGAAACACUCCAAUGAGGUGGACAAGCUGUGGAAGAACGUCAAUGAUAACCCCAAUGACUUCCAGGCCUGGACUCUCCUUCUGCAGCACAUUGACCAGGUGGCCUUUGUGGAGACUGAUAGUGAGGUGGAGCGGAGCGACCUCGAGUCCGGGCGGGAGGCUUACGACGGUUUCUUUGAGCGCUACCCUUACUGCUACGGCUACUGGAAGAAGUACGCUGACUUGGAGCGACGGAAAGGCACCUAUGAGACCUGCGGAAAGGUAUUUAAUCGUGGUCUGGAAGCCAUCCCUCUGAGCGUCGACCUGUGGCUUCACUACCUGGAGUAUGUGAUGGCGCAGUUCCCUGACGAUGAGGCGAAGGUGCGGACUGAGUUCGAGCGUGCUGUUAACGCCUGCGGAUUGGAGUUCAAGUCAGACAAGAUGUGGGAGUCAUACAUCAACUGGGAGAGUGGCGGGAAGCGAUGGAAGAAUGUCACCCUUCUGUAUGAGCGCCUGCUGGCCACCCCGACCUCCAGGUACAUCCAGCACUGGCAGCGUUUCCAGGAGCAUGUACGGAAGCAUAUGCCCAGCGAGGUGAUUGGGGUGGAGGAGUUCCUGUCACUGAGGAGGGAGGUGCUGGCCGAGCUGAACCGUUCUGACAUAGAGACGCCCGAUGAGGCCCCUCCCGGAGUGGAGACAGCACCAGGAGAUGACCAGCUUGGCACUAAUGUGGUGAGGCGAGACAAAUUACUGCAGAAGAGCAUCAUCUCAGCCCGUCAGAAGCUGCACGAGGCCACAGCGUCUGAGGUAAAGUCCCGCUGGAGCUACGAGGACGCCAUCAAGAGGCCCUACUUUCACGUCAAGCCCCUGGAGAAGAGUCAGCUGUCGGCCUGGCGUACCUACCUGGACUAUGAGGUGAAGCAGGGAGAGGACGCCAGAAUCAGAGUGCUCUUUGAACGCUGCCUCAUUGCCUGCGCCUUCUAUGAGGAGUUUUGGAUGAGGUACAUCCGCUACCUGGAGGAGAAUGGAGGGGCAGAGGAAGAGAUUCGCUCCGUGUACCACCGUGCCUGUGUCAUCCACCUCAGAGAGAAAUUCCGACCACACCUUGCUUGGGCGGCCUUUGAGGAGGAGAAAGGCAGUUCAGACCGGGCUCUACAAAUCCUCGAGGGGCUACAGCAGUGCAAUUCCCCGAGUCUGGAGGCGUACAUGCAGGCCGCUGGGGUGGAGCGUCGGCGGGGCAACCUGGCUGGGGCAAGGCAGGUGUUUGAGCGCUGCCUUGGUAUCCUCCUUGAAGAGCCAGACAAGAAUAUCCACUCCCAUGUCUCUAUCAAGUUUGCUCGGUUCCUUACUAUGUUUUGCCGGGAACAUGAGAAGGCUCUUGAGGUGUUGAAGGAAGCACAUGAAUUCAAUAAGGAGAACAGCAAUGUGGUGUUGGCAAUAGUGGACCAGAUGCUGCUGUUUGACCCUCCACGCAUCAGUGAGGCGGUGACGGCACUCAAGGAGGGCAUCCACACGGCACCCCAGCCCGGCACUCAGCUCCUCUUUGCUCACCGCCUCUUCCACUUCAUGUCGGAGUGUGGACAGGAUCCCGGCAGCAUGAGUGAGGGGCUGCGGGUGCUGAGGCAGGUGCAGCAGGAGGUGAGGCAGAUGGACAGCGGGGAUGCGAGCAUGGCCGAGAUGGACAGCACAGUCACCGCCACCAAACAAGAGGAAAGCAUGUCGGGUGGCAUCUCUGUCAUCGAGUCACGCCGAGACAAGCGCCUCACACAAGACAAGUCCAGUCCUGGCCCUGUGAAUGGCACCACUGCCAACACCAACGCCUCCUCCCUUGCCACCAGCGCCGGCCAGUCCUCCAUGGUGACCGGCUACCAGAAUUACCAACAACCGGGGUACGGGGGAGGAUACGGCCAGGGGUACCCGGCUCAUGGGUAUGGGGCGUCACACUACCAGAACUGGGGAUACCCGACGCAGCAGGGGAAUUAUGGGUAUGGGCAGCAGGGGUGGGGGUCCUAUGGUAACUAUUAUGGGCAGAGAUAAGGUUUGAUUCUCCCAUGAUCCUUUGCUCUUGUUGUUAUGAGUGUUUGUUAUUUUUAUUAUUUUUUGUGAUGGUGUUAUUGUCUUUGUUUUCCUUUUUAUUAAUUUGUUUUUUGCAUUGUUUUCAUUGACUACUGCUUUGUCUAUGGUGAAGCAAUUAAUCACUGCUGCUUCCCAGUUUUUUUGUAAAUUUCUCUUAUGAUUUUCCACGACUUUAGGCAUUAGUGGUGGACUGUAUCAGGAUAAACAUCAUUAUUAUUAUUAUUAUUAUUAUUAUUAUUAUUAUUAUUAUUAUUAUUAUCAUCAUUUUUAUUAUUAUUAUUAUCAUUAUCAUUGGUACUUUAUUAUUAUUCUACUACCUUGAAUAUUGCCAUAGACUUUAGUGAAAUGCUGUUUUCUUAGUUAAUAAAGAGACUAGAGAUUGAUUCAUUGUAGAGAGAGAGAGAGAGAGAGAGAGAGAGAGAGAGAGAGAUGGGUGUGGUAUAGGGAGCAUCAGAA